AUUCAAAGCGAAGACGAGAGUCUCAGACCAAUCUCCCUAGGACAAGCCCACUGUCACCCAAUAUUCAAUCUUCAUCCUCAAAGACAAGGAAAAAUCAUAUUUGCUAAUUACGUUCAAGAACAGCAACGAGGACAAGAAAAAGCAAAAGCGGAGACACAGAAAAUGAAGCAAGAGACAGUGACUUUGGUUCUGGUGAAUCUAGCUGGGAUCAUGGAGCGAGCAGACGAGUCUUUGCUUCCUGGAGUUUAUAAAGAAGUUGGUGCAGCCCUUCACACCGACCCUACUGGACUCGGCUCCUUGACUUUGUUUAGGUCUAUUGUGCAGUCCUCUUGCUAUCCCUUGGCUGCAUAUUUAGCCGUCAGACACAAUCGUGCCCAUGUUAUAGCUCUCGGUGCCUUUCUCUGGGCUGCGGCUACUUUUCUCGUUGCCUUCUCCUCCACUUUCUUUCAGGUGGCAGUAUCUAGAGCUUUGAAUGGCAUUGGACUUGCAAUAGUUGCACCUGCAAUCCAGUCCCUAGUUGCUGAUUCAACCAAUGAUAGCAACCGUGGCACUGCGUUUGGAUGGCUACAGCUAACUGCGAACAUUGGUUCAGUUGUUGGGGGACUCUGUUCAGUAUUGAUAGCUCCAAUAACAUUCAUGGGUAUCCCUGGUUGGAGGCUUUCGUUCCAUCUUGUUGGUAUAAUUAGUGUUGCAGUAGGUGUAUUGGUCUACCUUUUUGCCCAUGAUCCACACUUUUUGGAGGAUAAUAUGAAAAAUAGGAAUCAAGAUGAAAGUAAAUCCUUUUGGUCAGAAGUAAAGGAUCUGCUUCAAGAAGCCAAAUCAGUUAUAAAAAUUCCAUCUUUUCAGAUAAUUGUGGCUCAGGGAAUUACUGGUUCAUUCCCUUGGUCAGCCUUGACGUUUUCAGCUAUGUGGUUAGAGCUUAUUGGCUUCUCCCAUGAGAAAACUGCAUUUCUCAUAGCAUUGUUUGUAAUUGCUAGCUCCUUCGGGGGCCUUUUUGGAGGCAAAAUGGGAGAUAUCCUUUCCACACGUUUUCCAAACUCCGGGAGAAUAAUUCUGGCACAGAUAAGCUCUGCAUCAGCAAUCCCUCUAGCAGCAUUGCUUCUGCUGAGUUUACCUGAUGAUCCAUCAACAGCAAUUGCACAUGGAAUUGUUAUGGUCAUUAUGGGAUUGUGCAUCACUUGGAAUGCUCCUGCUACAAACAAUCCAAUUUUUGCAGAAAUAGUUCCUGAAAGAUCCCGAACAAGUGUAUAUGCUUUGGAUCGAUCAUUUGAAUCCAUACUUUCAUCAUUUGCUCCCCCAAUAGUUGGAAUACUUGCUCAACAUGUUUACGGUUAUAAACCCAUUCCUAUUGGAUCCAGUGAAUCUGAAGAGAUUGCCACAGAUAGAAGAAAUGCUGCAUCAUUAGCCAAAGCUUUGUAUACAGCAAUAGGAGUUCCAAUGGCCCUGUGUUGCUUCAUCUAUUCGUUUCUCUAUAGUACCUAUCCAAGGGACAAAAAGCGGGCUCAGAUGCAAGCAUUGAUAGAGACAGAGAUGGAACAGCUGAUACUGGAUGAUUCACCUAGAAGUGGAGAAUCUGCUCAAGUUCAGUUAUUUGAAGCUGAAGAACUAUCUGUUAAGGACAGAAGUGUUAUUGAAAUGAACUAUGAGGAGGAGAAUGGUCUUGAUCUAGAAGAUGAUGAUGAGAAGCUAAUGCUUUACCGCCAGCUGACAUUUUCCAACUUAGGUGAAUAGCACAAUGUGGGUUUGAUAAUGAUGACGAAGAUGAAGAAAUUAAUUGUCUCCCUUGCUGGUGAAAAUUAAAAGAAGCUGAAGCUAGCUCUGAUGAAUCUGCAAUGGCUGCUUCCUAAUAAAGCAUUACCGCUGAGGAGACAACUCCAAAUCCCUUGGUUGGUUAUUUUUCUGAGUUAUGGUUCAUUAAAGUAGCCAUCAAUGAGUGUUUUGUUCCGAGUUUCUUCAGCCACAACUUAUUUAUUGGUGGAGUGUGAUUAACGAGAGUGACUGGAAGGGAUAGGUUUAUUGUAUACUGUCUAGGUCUUCAGUUUUUCUCUUUUUUUUUCUUUUUCUCAAUCUUGUCUAAAUUUCUACGAUAAAAAAGGAAAAAUCUUGUCAAAAUUUGUUAAAGAUCCUUUUACACUGAUGUUUUGUUUUUUUUUUUUAAAAAAAUUAUACUUCAUUCU